CCAAGGAAAAUUAAAAGAAGUUGAAAGUUGUCAGAAGCAAGCUCUCUCUCUCUCUAUAGAGCUUCACAUUACUAUCUACUAGACCGCUUAGAGACAGAGAGAUAAAAAAAAAGAGAGUUCUUCUUCAACUCUGCCAACGAGAAAGAUUGCCAUUUCUAUUGCAAGAAAAAAAAACAUUCUAGUAACGACAGGAGAAAGGGAGGGCUUUCACUAGUGUGAACAAUGAAGGCUGAUACUGUUCUUGACUAUGCUAUCUUUGAGCUUUCUCAAAAACAUUCACGAUGCGAGGUGUUUGUAUCGAGUAAUGGAGAAACAGAGAAACUGGCUUCAGGAUUGAUAGAACCAUUCGCGAAUCAUCUGAGUGUUCUUGCAACAAAAUCUUUAUUCAGAGCUGAAGUAGCAAAAAACGAGAAUAACAAAUCUUGGUUCACAAGAAGAACACUCAAGAGGUUUGUUCAGUUUGUUAACGGUCCAGAAGCUUUGGAAAGAGUGAAUACAUUUGAUUCGGAGAUGUCACAAUUGGAAGCAGCUCGGACAUUAUAUUCUCGUGAUGAUGGAGGUGUAACGGAUGCAACAAAGAAGGAGCUCUUAAGAGCUAUAGAUUUAAGACUCGAGGCUAUUCAAAAAGACUUAACCACAUCGAUUGCUCACGCCUCAGCCAAUGGUUUUGAUCCUCAAACUGUUUCUCAUCUCCAACGUUUUGCUGAUACAUUCAGUGCACAUCCUUUGGCUGAAGCAUGUGGAAAAUAUAUGUCAUUAUGUGAAAGACGACCAGACCUAAUCACAAAGCACUUGACAUCAGUCAAUGAAACAAACAUCAGUCAACUUCAAAGUAGUAAAGAUGAUGAAAAGGAGAGUUUGUAUGAAUCAUCUACGGUUAAUACCAGUCAACAUACAAGGAGACUCAGCGUGCAAGACAGGAUUAAUCUCUUUGAGAGCAAGAAGACUGAAAAUUCAGGACACAAACCGGUGGUUAUUGCUAAAUCCACAGAGCUGAGGAGACUUUCUUCUGAUGUCUCAUCAGCUGCUCCUGUAGUCCCUGAGAAGUCUGUCUUAAGAGGAUGGAGUAUUGUUAGUGAUAUACCAUCUGCUGGUAAUCCUGAUGUCACAGUGGCAAGAGAGUCUGAAGAAAACAUCAAAAAUGAUGAUGAUGAUGGUGUGUGUUCUACUAAAUGUGAUGAUUCUCAAAACAAGACUGAUGGUGAUGGUUUAAAGAAGAGAGAAGAGGAGAGCUAUGCAUCCAAGCCACACAAUGUAGCACAACCAGCUAAUGGUGAAAAAGACAACAAGAAUGUUGUUAUGCGUCGGAAUGUAUCUGAUUUAAGUUACUCAGAUGCUUCUAAAGGGAAGUUAUACGAGAUGUAUAUGAAGAAAAGAGAUGCAAAACUGAGAGAAGAACGGAGCUCCAAAGAAACUAAGUUAAAGUCAAUGCAAGAAGCUCUUGAGAGAAGUAGAACCGAGAUGAAGGCUAAGUUUUCAAAGAAGAGACAAGAUUCAAUAUCAAGUACCCGCCAACGUGCAGAGAAACUCAGAUCUUUUAACUCUCGGUCUAGUAUCAAAAAGUUUCAGAGAGAAGAAGAAGACGUGAAAGACAAGCCAUCUAUUGGAAGGAGCUCCCAGGUUAGAAAGGCUCCAUCACCAAACCGGAGCUCCAGAGUCUCUAAACCAUCAGGUAAAGUUUCAAACACUAACAUUACUUCAGGGAGAGGGAGAAGAACAACAGAGAUUAGUCAACCUUCUUAUCCCAAUUUCUCUGAUCUUAAGAAAGAAAACACAAAACCAUCUUCCUUAGCUGUCAGAAACCCUCCUGUGAUUCGAACACAGGUGAGAAGUAGUGGCCAUAAGAAGACUACAAAGGAGGAGACACCGUCUCCUGUUAAGACCAGGAGACCAAGAUCAUUGAGGAAAAGCUUCUCUGCUAAUACAGAGUUCACAGAGUUGACAACUCUCAACUCUGAUGAAAUAAUGAACAAAGAGAUGAAUCAGAAGCAAGGUAGUGGUAUUAAUGAUGUACCAGAGAACUUGAGGAAUGAUGAGUUUGAUGAAAUGGCAGAAGAAGAAGAGAAACAAGUUGUCAAAGAAGAAGAGGAAGCUAGAGAAAUGGAUAUUGAUGAAAAGCCUUCACCAGUGGACGAUGUUCUACCUACAACGUUUCAGCAUAACGUUGGCUCAUUAAUGGAUUCACCUAGUGAGAGUCCUCUCUCGUGGAACUCAAACAUGCAACACGCGUUCUCUUAUCCGCAAGAGCAUUCAGAUGAUGCUGAUGAUUCUUCUUCUCCCAUGGGAAGUCCUGCUUCUUGGAGUUCAAGAAUGAGGAAGAAAUGGGGAACAACAGCUCAGAAUCCUGUUUCCAGCUCUUCUCCGCUUCAUUCUCGGAAAGAUUUAGCAAAAGGCAUCAAACGUUUGCUUAACUUUGGAAAGAAAACUCGUCCUGCGGAUAGUCUGAUGGAUUGGGCUUCUGUAACGACAUCUGAAGGUGACGAUGAUGAACAAGGGAGCUUUAAAGCAAAAGAUGGAGAGUGUAAGAGAUCAUUCUUCUCACUGUCUACAUUCCGUAGCAAAGGAAACGACUCGAAGCCAAGAUAACAUAAAGAGGAAGAAAACCAAACUCUAUGUUGUGAUGAAGGAGGAGUACUUGAUUUGAUUUCUGUACAUUAUGAUUUCUUUAAUAUUUGUAUGAGAUAAAACAUAAUUUUGACUAUGAAGUAAUUAUACAAGUUACCCUUUACUUAUA